UCUGCUGGCUCAGCGGCUGCUGCGCGGCCAUCAGCUCCAUGGACAUCGAGCGGCCCGGCGACGGCCGCUGCCAGCCCAUCGAGAUCCCCAUGUGCAAGGACAUCGGCUACAACAUGACCAGGAUGCCGAACCUGAUGGGGCACGAGAACCAGAGGGAAGCUGCCAUUCAGCUGCACGAGUUUGCCCCCUUGGUGGAGUACGGGUGCCACAGCCACCUGAAGUUUUUCCUGUGCUCCCUCUACGCCCCGAUGUGCACGGAGCAGGUUUCUACCCCGAUCCCGGCCUGCAGGGUGAUGUGCGAGCAGGCGAGGCUGAAGUGCUCGCCGAUCAUGGAGCAGUUCAAUUUCAAGUGGCCGGACUCCUUGGACUGCAGCAAGCUGCCCAACAAGAACGACCCCAAUUACCUGUGCAUGGAGGCGCCCAACAACGGCUCGGACGAGCCGCCCAGGGGCUAG